UUAUGGUGGGGUCGACUGUCCGGCAGCCACUUUUUGCGGGAUCCGACCGACAGUCCGCAGUACGCUCGCAGCUCUUGUUCGAGGUGGGUGUCAUUCAUUCGGUAUCCACUCUCUUACAGUCAGUUCGCGAACAUAUUCAGUUGGGGCUUUCCGCGUGAAGCCAACUUGAACCAUCUGUGGGGGAGCCACACCACUACAACCAAACGGAACGUUCGUCCAGAACAGUAUCCAUCCGAAUAUGUGCGGAGAUGGGUGGAUUGGCGCUCUGUUUAUGAUAAACACAUAAGCAAUCGUGAUAACAAAGCAGCGUUGUGUAGUGACGUUUAGCUGGGUGGCAUGUAAAUACGCAAACAUAGUUCGAUCGACUUGGCAUAUGAAACAUAUGCCAAGCGUAGUGAUUUGCCAUCCGAAUUGCAAAUGUAAAUAUCUCGUCCAAGUGAGGUUUUUGCCAAAAAAAAAGUGAAAUCGUGAACAGAACAAAGUGAAACUAAAUCUGCGUCAUCGAGUGAGAAUUUGCAAUCGUAGUAAGCGAUUAACAGAACAACACAGCAUCAAGAAUCUAAGGAAGCUGAGUAUACGAGGCGCAAUUACCUCCACGCCAUAUAUCAGCAGUGGGAUAAGUCAUGUACACGUGUCAAUCGGAUUACCACUGGGGGCUUUAGUACAAAAGCUUCGCCCGCUUUUCGGAAUCUCCCUCCAUACGUACUUCAAAUGCGAACGAAUCAUCCCGUUUGUGAUUGGUUCAUUUUAAGAAAAUGACCGAAGACGCCACCCUAGUUAGUAAGAAAAAACCCGCAUGUAAUGGAACCGGUGCCAAUCGCAGCUAUGGUGCAACAGACGAAAUAGUCACAGAAACGACACAAAACACAACCACCGGGGGCGAAUUGGCGAACGGUGGGCCCCCGAUACCGCCUGACCAAUCCGCUCAGAUGGAACGACGUUCCACCCUUAGGAUAGUGGAGAAGAUUGGCUUCGGCCUGGGGCACGUGUACAAUGAUCUCUGCGCGGGCGUUUGGUUCAGCUACACGCUGCUGUUUAUGCAAGGUGCCCUUGGAAUGCCAGCACCCGAGGCAGGUUCCUUGGUCAUGCUGGGACAAGUUGGCGAUGCCAUUGCUACGCCGAUCGUAGGAUUUCUCACCGAUAAGUAUGGCACCAAGCGACAGUGGCACAUUGCCGGCACGUUCAUCGUGUUUCUGACCUUUCCAAUGAUAUUUUCGCUGUGUCCGUGGUGCGACGUGGCUCCGCACUGGUGGGAGAUCGUGUACUUCAUCAUUGUGAUAUUGCUGUUCCAGUUCGGGUGGCCAAUCGUGCAAAUUACCCACCUGGCCAUGAUUCCGGAAUUAUCCCGUUCGCAGAAGGACCGCGCGGAUCUCACUGCGGUGCGCUACUCGGUGUCUAUCAUUUCCAACGUGGUGGUGUACAUCGUCACAUGGGCGGUGCUCCGAAGUCGUACGAGUGCUGACACACAGAUAGGGCCCGGCGACGCCUAUCGAUUUCGUGAUAUCUCAUUAAUACUAACCCUGGUGGGGGUUUCCAUGUCCGUGCUGUUCAACUUUUCGCUCACAUUUAGCGGUUACGAGCAUCGGAGGCACACCGCGUUGCAGCAUAAUGUCAUUAAGGAGGGCAAGAAGAAUGUUGCGCGGGACCCGGAAAAGCAGUCCCUUCUGGAUCAGACAACCGAGGCGAGGGCUGAAGGUGUGGCCGGGUCAUCGUCGACGACCAACGGAGUUGUUCACGGUGCCGAGGAGAAUGUAGUGCUUCGACGACCAAAGAAAAACUUCUUCAAGUCUCCCCUGCUGUAUCAGAACGCGCUGCUCUAUGUCUUCUCACGCCUCUUCAUGACAACCUCCCUAGUCUACAUGCCGCUCUGGUUGGACGAGCGAUCCUUCCAACCUGACCCUAUCCAGAAUGCCAGUGUAGAGCACCUGGCCACCGUUCCGCUGGUGUCGUUCCUGGCAUCGUUUAUCGCUUCUAUGGUGCUGAAAUACGCCAACAAAUACGUUGGUAAUAGCCUGAUCUACCUGGUUGGAUCGACCGUCAGCGUUGGCGUGUGCACGUGGAUCGCCUUAAGUUCUAGUGCGUCCACAUUCACCACGUUCGAACUGCUCGUCAUUGCGUCGCUAUUUGGUGCGGGCAGUUCCAUCACCAUGAUCAGCAGUCUGUGCAUCACGGCGGACAUGAUCGGCAAACAUGCCGAUCAGGGUGGCUUCAUCUACUCCGCCGUCACGUUCACGGAUAAGCUCAUAACCGGCAUAGUGGUGGUCGUCAUUGAGUCCAUGAAAUGCACCGACCGAAGCGACUGCCCAGAUUACUACCGAAGUGUGCUGGCCUAUGCAUGCGGAACGGCAGCCGGACUUGGCUGCAUAACGCUGGCAACACUGGCUUGCACUGCUCCCAGGAAUAGACGGCAGCAAAGGCGAUAGUUUUUGUUUCCGAAACCGUAUUAUUUAGAUAAACGAUAUUUUAAUAAAAUUGUAUGAUAUUAAAUGUUAAAUAAUAAUAAAAAAAAACAUUCCAAUAUUUUAAAUAAAA